AUGGAGUUGCCAUCUUUAUUCGCUCUCUUCACCAUCUGCUCAUUGUGCCUGGCUGCGCCGCAACCCAUAGCAGCCAACAGUGCAGCAGCAGUGCCUGUGCAGCCGGAAACAAUCUACACUUUCAACUCCAGCUUUAUCCCUGAGAACACUCUUCUGCGCAAUAACAACCAAUUGCUCGUCACUUGCACGACUUGCCCAUAUAUCUUCCAGCUGGACCCAACUCAGGGGCAAGAUCAGACCCCAAAGCUAGUACACACUUUCAACGGAUACGGCUCAGUGACGGGCAUCGUCCAGCUGCAGAAAGACGUCUUCGCCGUGUCGGUGGGCAACUACACCAUCUCCGGCGGACCCGUCAAUGGCACCUGGAACAUCUGGCUGCUCGAUCUCCGCAGUUAUGUGCCGCCCAGCUACGACCCCAGCAAAGUCACUGCGGUUCUGAUGGGCUCGGCCACACAAGCGACCAUCAUCGACGGCCUGGCCAUCGUCAACGCCAGCCGUGGUCUGAUCGCCGGCACAGAUUUCCAACAAGGCACGAUCUGGUUGACAGAUAUCGCGCUGAACAGAACGACAGCACUCAUCACCAGCGCCGACCUCGGUCCCAAUGCUGGAGGCGCGACGGGUCCGCUGGGUCGAGCGGGAGUCAACGGCCUCAAGUUCAGAGAUAGUCGCCUGUAUUUCACCACAACCUCCUCCGGCAACUACGGCUACGUCCCCGUCAACACGCAGACAGGCCAAGCAACCGGGGGCAUCACGACUCUCUUCGACUACUCUUUCCGCCUGGACGAUUUCAACUUUGCUGCCUCGGGUAAUGUCUACUUCACGACGUUUGAUAGCUCGCCGAAUGGAGGGAUUUAUCGAAGAGCGAGUGGCACGCCGGCUGGGCAGAAUGGCACGACGGAGGUGAUUGCUGAGUAUGGGACGAAUUCGGUGAUUGCGAAUGAUACCGGGAGUGGAUGUAAUGUGAUCUUUUCGGCGGCGUUGAGGAACCAGGUCUUGAGGGCGAGGCUGGAGGGGGCUUGUUGA